AUGCUGCCAACAAUUCUGCCUCCGUUAAGCAAAGGUAGUCAUGCAACGCACUGCAAAAGAUGCUUGUCUGGCUUGCCAUCUUCCCAAGUGGAUGUUGAUCCGGCCAAACUGGCCCUAUCCUUUUACUGCUUAGGCUCCCUGGAUGUUUCCGGUGAACUUGAAAAUAGGACUAGAGACUGGGAAAGAGAACAAUGGAGGGAAUGGAUAUGGAGCCAACAGACUCACGGACAUUAUGGGACCGGCUUCCGAGCAAGCUCUUAUAUGACUGCAAAAUACUCGGCAGAGGGAUAUUCGGACCAUGAUAAUCCUCAGAUCAUCAUGACUUAUACUGCCCUUCUCUCACUGUCUACAUUGCGCGACAACUUUUCACGUCUUGACAGGAAGGGCCUGCUGAAAUUCCUCAGGUCCUGUCAGAAUACCGAUGGAAGUUUCUCUUCUGAGCCUUUAGGAGGCGACUCUGAUUUACGCACAACGUUCUGUGCUUUUGCCAUAAGCACCAUGCUUGAUGACUGGUCAGGGGUGGAUGUCACAAGUGCUCUCCAGUUCAUUCGUUCGUGUCGGACAUAUGAAGGAGGCUACGGGCAAUCACCGUUUGGGGAGGCUCUGGGUGGCACUACGUAUUGUGCAUUGGCAGCACUCCGAUUAGCCAACCAGCUAGACCCUCUUUCCGUUCAAGAUCGGCAGAAAACCAUUCGGUGGCUUGUACAAAAUCAAGCAUCUAAUGGCGGGUUUCGUGGAAGGACCAACAAGGAUGCUGACGCAUGUUAUUGCUUCUGGUGCGGCGCAUCCCUGCAUAUAUUAGACGCAGGGGAUUUGGUUGACAAAGCAGCAAUGUCAUCAUUCAUAGCUUCCUGCCAAUUCAAGUACGGCGGGAUUGCAAAGAUUCCCGGCGAGCACCCUGAUCCCUAUCAUACGUAUCUCUCGUUGGCAGCGGUGGCGUUGCUCCCAUCCAAUCCGCCAGAAGGAUCAUCAUGGGCACUUCAUCCUCUGGAUCCUUUACUAAAUGCAACAUACCAGACGUCCUCGUGGGCUAGAGCCCAUAUUCCAGCAUCUAAAGUUGACGACGACGAUGCUUUAGGUGAUGCAGGCAUAUAA